CAUUAUCAGUUAUGAUAAUUUUAUUCGACCAACCGCCAAGCAUUUACACUUGAACGCUCGCUAGUUGUUUACAAGUCGUCUGGUUCCAGUUUUUGCCAUUCAUUCCGUGUCUUUCGCCAAGUGCAUUAACUUUUUUUACGAUGAACAAGUUAUUAGUUGGUGCCUCAAGAAACUUUUCUAGUUCCUCGACACGAAAUGCAAUUAAAACCAUAACGGUUGUCGGCGGGGGCUUAAUGGGCUCCGGCAUUGCUCAGGUGGCGGCACAGGCAGGACAAAAUGUUACCAUAGUGGAUAUAAAACCUGAAUUGCUGGAAAAGGCACAAAAAUCUAUCCAGACCAAUUUGGGGCGGAUUGGGAAGAAAACCUUCAAGGAUGACGCUGCUAAAGUAGAGAAUUUUGUCAGAGACUCAUUCUCUAGGAUUAAAACAUCCACACAGAUUGAAGAUGGAGUGAAAGCUGAUCUGAUUAUAGAGGCUAUUGUUGAGAAACUUGAUGUUAAACAAGAGCUUUUCAAUAAGCUCGAUCAGCUGGUCCCGGAACAUACAAUCCUGGCGACCAACACUUCGUCGAUAUCCGUCAAUGCCAUUGGAGAAGGCAUCAAGAGGAAGGACAGAUUCGGCGGCCUUCACUUCUUCAACCCAGUCCCGGUUAUGCGCCUCCUGGAAGUCAUAAAGGGCGAGCACACUUCGGAACAGACCUACCAGGCUAUGAUGGAGUGGGGCAAGUCUAUCGGGAAGACUUGUAUCACGUGCAAAGACACUCCUGGCUUCGUUGUCAAUAGGUUGCUGGGGCCGUACAGCGCUGAAGCUAUAAGGAUGUAUGAGAGAGGCGAUGCUUCCGCCCAGGACAUCGACACGGCCAUGAAACUCGGCGCAGGGUAUCCAAUGGGCCCCCUGGAACUAGCUGAUUUCACAGGCUUGGACACCAAAGUAGCCAUACUUGGGGUUAUGCUGGAGAAGACUGGAAAUCCUGUGUUUGAGCGCAUACCUCUUUUAGAGAGGUUGGUUAGCGAGGGCAAGCUGGGCAGAAAGAGUGGAGGAGGGUUUUAUGAAUACGAUGAGAUGUUAAAGAAAGUUGAAUGAGAAAAAUUAUGGAUUUUAUACCUACUAGGUAGUAGUGCAAAGUUACUAUGCACUUAUAAAAAGGCGCUGCCUAUUCCGCGGGAAGAAUACUCAAUUAAUAUCGAUGAGGUCGAUUAAACUGAUUGGAUCAAUUGGAUUGGAUUCUUUCUAAGUAUUUAUUAUGAUCUAAGAAAUAAAAAACAAUUACAAACAUGCUCAAACUUCAAACUACUUAUUUUAUGUGAACCUUCUUGUCAUUUUUUAAUUUUUCGCUAACCGUCAGUAAGAUAUAUGGUUAGGUAAAUACAAACCAGUGCACUGACUGGCCGACCGAAGACGUAUGAUGAGACCAUGACAUAUAAAAAGUAAAUAGAUAGAUCUUCCAAAAAAAUAUCUAUAUCGACAUACUUAAGCUACAAAUAUUUAUAAGUGUGAGUUUCAUUGUCAACUCUUGAUUGCACGUGGAAAGAAAUAUAACAAAUUACAAUACAGUUAUCUUCAUAUUGGAUUUAUAAUAAUAAUAGAGGCCGUCCGCAUGGAAACCCUAUCAAUCCCGCGGGAACUCUGGGAUAAAAAGUAGCCCAUAUGUUAUUCUGGGUCUUCAGCUACCUACACACCAAAUUUCAUCGUAAUCGGUUCAGUAGUUUUUUCGUGAAAGAGUAACAAACAUCCAUGCCGACAUACAAACUUUGGCAUUUAUAAUAUUAGUAAGAUAAUAAAUACAAUGGCGGACUCUUGCCAAUUGUAAUGUACUUAUAUAUCGUUCGGGGUGUGACACAACCGAAAUGAUAAGGAUAAUUGUUUUUAUCAUAAAGUGACGUCAUUGGACAGGGCCGGAAUCAGGAACGGCGGGCUAGGAUAUUGCUUCUGAAGUCUUCACAGCACUGAUAUUAAAGGCAACAUUUCCCUUUUUCACAAGUUAAAUAAUAUUGUUUUGGAAUAUCUUCACAACUUUUUUGAAUACUUAGGCAUGAUAACCGAUUUUUGUUUUAGUGUUAAUUAAUUAAGUUUAACAACAACAUAAACCUUGGUGAAAUAAUCGCAUCCUACUAAUAUUAUAAAUGCAAAAGUUUGUAUGUUAGGAUGUCAGUAUCGAUGUUUGUUACUCUUUCACGCAAAAACUACUGAACCGAUUCCAAAAUAAUGUUUUUUUUUUAAAUUAAAAGAAUAUAAAAAGUUAUGGCGUCAAAAUGAAAACAAAUUUUUUUCGUAAUAAAUGUAUUUAAUGUUAUCAACACAUAUUGUUUUAUGACCUUAAUACAUAUUAAAUAACAGAGGUCCUAAUGAGGCCCUGUCAUUGGGUAGUAUUUUAUUUUGUCAUCUUUAGUUUAUAAAGACGUAUUUUUGUUUUCUUUUCCGCAUCAAUAUCAAUUUUGAUAAAUGAUAAACCAAUUAAUAUCACUAGACUUGUUGCGUCUCAUGACUUCACACAUUAUGAUUAUUAGUGAACCCAGGAAAUUAUCAAUUGGAACUCUAAUAACCAUGUCAUGAUGAUUAAAUGUUGCAAUAUCUGA